AUGACCAACGUGGUCCACGGCCUCGGCAUCAAUCCAGCCAUGGCCAUACCCACGGUCACCGCGACAAUAGAGGCCCGCGCCCUCGACGUCGCUCCGCUGAUGCUUAUGGACCUCCUCGCCAGUAGCCAUAGUAGCCGCCGGGCAAGCGAAGGAGGACCGCUGAGAAAUCAGGUAGCCUGGCACGGCUCACAACCAACAAACCACCUGUUUGAUGUCGUGGGAGACCUUCGCGGCGACUCGCGUACCUCGUCGAGUCGCCCGCGCGCAGACAACAUGAUCAUGAGCCCCUCGUCGGGAUCGCAGUCGGUACGGCACAAGAAGAUGGGGACAAAGUAUUCGAGGAGUCAAGACUAUGGAGACGUUCGCGGACGUAGUAGAUGA